UAAGCUUUUAUAAGUUCACGUCUCAUGGUGUUCAUGACGCUCUCUGGCUCACUUCAUCCUGUACACCAAUAUUUUAGUGAUUCAUAAAAAAUGCAUCGCUGUCUGGCCAUCUGAGAUUUCAGCAUGGAGAUAAGUUAGGAUUAUUAGCACCAAUUUUUUGUUUGCGUCUGUUAGCACCAUUUAUUUUUGCUUUUGGAAUCUAAAGGAGAGAUGAUGGAAUAUAUUUAUGAAUUGAAGACAAUUACUUUUUUUCAGUAUGACAAAUUCAGUUGAUGUGAAACUUUAGGUCAGUUGCAAAGAUCAUCGUCUUCAAGAGGAAGGUUGGCCCACAGAGAAUGUCCUUUUGCAAGAUGCUUUCAAGCCUGCCUUUAUUCUGGAUGAGUGCACUAAGCAGUGAGCUGUAAAUUACAGUAUUCACUCUAGGUCACGACUCUUUCAAAUACCCUAUUAGAUUGCAGACUGAUAGCUUUGUGACCCCAAGAUGCCAUGUUUCACCUUACACUUCAUGUUAUUUUCUGGUUUUCUUUGUGUCGUGACCAAAGUCUGUUUUCAUAAUUCCAUUUACCUGUCUGGAGACACUGAAGGAGCUGUGUGAGAGUCUGACGCUGUCUAGCUCCUCCCUGCUGUCCUUUACUAAGCGGCAAUGAUUGAGUGAACUGCCUGGUGAUAGCUAAAUGAAUGAAGACGUGCCCUUUGCUUCCAGAAACUUCCCUAAUUAACUGUGGCACUGACGUCUGCUUAGUAAAAUAUAAUAAAACAGGGCUGGGUCUGUGUGCUUCGCCUCUGAAAAUCUCUAGGAAUCGAUUUAUGUCGUAUGAAGGUCAAGACAAGAAAAUCACUAGAAUCUAUUACGUGGGUUCAAAUGCUUUCCUUGACAUACAGAAUAGAUUUUUAUAAGAGGCUAAUAAAGCUGAUAAAAGAACACAAAAACAGGACUGCAUGCAAAAUCUGUUGCAAAUUAUGUGACUGUUUAUCUCACAAGGAAAUGACAUCACAUGUUGAGUGCAUGGUCGCCUCGUUCCUCCAUAUUAAACAGCAAAGACAACACAGGACAAAAGCAGUCCAUGAGCCAGCAUGCUGAUAGACUUCCCCCGUUCUCCCCGCCGGUCUCUAAUCUGCAUGCAGACAACUUCUUUGUGGAUAUUUGGAUUUCCUCACCAUAGCAACAGAGCUGCAAAAACGGGCUGUACAACCUCUCAUCAGACACAGUCGUGCCUAGGCAUCGUACGGUGCGCGGGAGCCAGACGAAAGGGAGAUAAGAAGAGGAAAAAGACAACCGGGAAGAGGACACCACUGCCUCGCACCUAAUUCUCUGUGGGAAUUCUCCUCAUUAGGACCAUGACAGCUCAGUUACAACAGCUCCGAAGUGCCAAGGGUCAUGUUGACAGACGCCGGUAGAGCAAUCAUUCCUGCGCUCAGAUGAGGGACAAAUGGAGGGAUGCAACAAUUUCACUCUUUGCUCACCAUGACAGAGCCUCUCUUUGCUGAAUCCUUUUGUGUCAGACCGCCUGGCUUCGAUCAAGCGCGGGUUAAUUGCGAGAGAGCGGCUGGAAGAACACCCCUCCUCUUCCACGCUGCCAAUCUGUUCGUGCCUCUGAUUUUCCACUCAUUCUGCUCUCUGCUUUCUGUUUACCUCUGUCUGCUGCUUUCUCCACCCCUUUCUCUCAGUCUCUCAUGCUUUCGCGCUCACUCCCACAGCUCGCUAUCUCUCCUCCCCUCGUGCCUUCAAAGCCAGCAGUCUGCUCGUCACUCCGGGGCUGCUUGCUACAUGAUCUCUCGGAAAACAGCGUCCGCGUCUUGCUCGAGCUGCUCCAUGUGCAAGCCAUAAGAUUUCUUUGCCCAGGACGGCAAGAUGCUCCUGCGCUGGCACUGAUUCUCGGCUCGAUUUUUCCUUCCCCUCCCCUUUCCUAGUCUUUUGCCCUCUGACCCUCACCCCUCUGCCCCUGACCCUAUUCCCUCUAUUUUCCCCCUCUUUCUUGACCAUGUUGCCAUGUGUCUACCGGCUCCAGCCUGUCCUUGCCUUGCUCUUCUUCGCUUUGUUCACUCAAGGGGAAAACUGUCCAGCAACCUGCCUUUGCCCAGACCCUCACACUGUGGACUGUAGCGGGCGCGGACUGACCCGUCUUCCCGACGAGAUCCCCUUGGACGUGCGGAGGCUGCUGUUGGCAAACAACUGGAUCCCACGGAUUCCUUCAGAUUUCCUCGUGCUCUACAGCGACCUGGUCUACCUGGACCUUCGCAACAACUCGCUCUCACACAUCGAGCCAGGCACCCUUAGCACUUCCUCCAGGCUGGUUUUCCUGGACCUCGGUUGCAAUAACCUGACCGAGAUCCCCAAAGGGACUUUUGGGGAUUCAAGGAGCUUAAUUAAGUUGCGCUUGGGCAACAACCCGCAUUUGAGCAUGAUCAGCGAAGAUGCUUUCAUGGGUCUUACCUCCUUGCGUGAACUAGAACUAGAACGCAAUGCCCUGUCCGGGCUACAGGUGGGUGCCCUGAGCCAGCUGCCCUCUCUCAGGGUGGUGCGGUUAGAGGGCAACCCUUGGGUGUGCAACUGCAACUUUGCCAACCUGUUCACCUGGCUGGUGGAAAACAGUCACAAGCUUCCGAAUGGUAUAGAGGGUAUGGAGUGUUCCUUGCCCACCGACGGACGCCGCGUGCCUCUCAGCCAGCUCUCCCAGGACAGUUUUCGAGAGUGCCAGAUCACGCUCACCCUCACUGAUUUCCUCAUCAUCAUCUUCUCGGGCAUCUCCGUCUCAGUGGCCGCCAUCAUGGCCAGCUUUUUCCUGGCAUCCACUGUCCACUGUUUUCAGCGCUGGAGCAAGGGCACUAAAGGAGACGAGGAGGAGAGUGAAGAAUGAGGAGGGGGUUUAGAGCCGAGCGACCUUCAAUCUGAUUCAGAGCUGCCAGUUCCUGACAGAGUUCAAACAAACAGCGUGACUGAACAGACACCAGGUAGAACUCGAGCAGAAAUAACCUGAUUGAUAGCGUCAGCACUAAUAAAGUGACCAGUAUGGACGCAGCACCCUCAAAAUCGAAGGAUAUUUGGUACGAAAGCAAGCCUUAGUAUGCAAACUUCCAGGGAUUUACUUGUUAAAGGAAAUUCUUUGAGAUCUUGUCCUGCAGUAGAGUUUCAGUGUUGUUGAAUACUCGUGUCCGUAGAGUUUCCCUUCAUGUCGUCAAUAUAAAGUUAGCAAAAUACAACCGUGCUACUUGUUGAUCGUGCCAAAAUAGCACCGGUAGACAGCGAUGGUUCAGACAUGCGCUGAUGAGCAACGAUGAGGAAUUGUCGCUUUACAAGUUUCGCAAGGAAAUGUUGCAUCUUUAUACAGCCAAGUAUACAUGAUAGAAAGCCAUUUUCCUUCGAGUUUCAAAGAUGGGAAAAAUAACGUAGAACAGAAAGCGUUACCUAAUAAUUGAAAGGAUAGAGCUUAAUGUGAAUAGUCGUGUCAAAUACCGCACUUUAAAUGGUCCUACCUGACAUCGGCCCUCAAACCACCAGGUAUAUACACUGGUUCAGCCCAGAUCUGCCAAAGAAUGCUUUGACUGAGGGACUGAGGUUAAUGUGUUUUGAAAUAUAGAUUUAUUUUUCUUUAAAGAAAGUUUGUGAUCUUAGCGAGAUUACAUUUAUUUAGCGUAAUUACGGUACUACUCACAUAUAAUGAUAUAUAAUAUCCUUAAUGUGACUAAAGACAAUAUCUACGAGAUGGAGAUAGGUUCAUUCUACAAAUGUCAUUAUAUUAUAUUCAACAACUCAUGUCUUAAAAGUAUAUUUGAAAAGGUGUACAGUGGGCCCAAAAUGUGUUUGGGCAGUUAAGUCAGACAUUGCAAUACGUAACAAAAUAGCGAACUAAGCAAAAGAUUCCUUUUUGGUUGAAAACAAAACAACAACAAAAUAAUUAGACGAUACUGUCAUUAUUAAAAAGGUAAAUUUAAUGAAUAUAUACACAAUCAAAAUGUGGUAAAAUGCAACUGCAAAAAAGUUCCACAAAAGUGAAAUUGUGACUGAUUAAAGGUUCGGCAUUCCUCAUAUCAAGUGUCUAAAUAUGUUCUGAGGCCACUGUACCUUCAAGCGUCUACAGAUUGCUGUCUAGUGUCGAUUAAUACUAAUACAGUGUGUAACUAACAGGCAUACAUUUCUGUUCAUAAUGUCAAUUCCAUCAAGAAAAUUGUUUUGUCAAUAGAGCGUACGGCGGAAACGAUUUCCGAAUGUCAGAAAAAGACAUUUGAUUGUUUGUGUUUUCCUUUAUGAACAUGUCUGUCGGUCUUGCUUCUUUCAUAUCCUUAUUUGAAAGGGCUUCACCCGUCUAUAGAAUUAGGUAUUUUGCACAAUUUUAAGAAUCACUUCAUUAACAUCCUAAUAUAUCACCAUCCUCUGUUCCAUUGUUGCUGUCGACAGAUGCUCUGGAUGUACUAUUUCGAGAAUAUAUAGCUCUUUUUCCCAGACAGGUAUCACAACUUCAUUUUUGCGGUGCAUGCAUUAUUAAUUGGAUGUGUGAAAUGAAGCAGACGGUGUGCUAGCCUUCAAAAAUGUUGGGGAUGGAAAAAGAAAUCAUUGUGAUUCAAAGACCAUCUUAUUUUAAAGGAAUUCCAUUCUGCUCACAGAACCUCAGCCAUCAUAUUGUGUUGGAUGUAAGAAGCGCGAAUGCAUAUUAAUGUAAUGUAAAUGUUCUGGUGUCAGGACACGGCUGACCCAUAUGCACAAACUUACAAAGCUAGACUGUAGCAUGGUAUCAUCAGCAGAACUCAAACCUGCAGCUGUAAUAUUGUCAUAUUGAAGGAUUUUAUUUUUUUCCCCCACGUAUGUACUGAAAUAGCUGUUCAGCCAACCAGAAAAAAAAAAUAAAAUCUUUGUAUUUGCAGGUGAAACGAAGCAUUAAAAGAAAAUCAAACUGUAAA